AUGCUGCAUCAUGACAACAAGCAGAACCCCGAGGCUGUCAUGAUUAAGGCCCUGUCCACUCGCUACAGCGACGACGUCAUCACGCAGAUGAUCAUUACCGCCAAGAAAGCCCCCAACACCAAGGACAGUGCCGGGAAAUCCUCCGACGACGCAUUCCUCAUGCUUGGGCUGAAGAGUGCUAAGAAGACACUCUUUGACAACUCGGAGCUCCUUGCAUGGGCCAAGUACGUGGACGACUUGAGCGAGAGCAACCCCAAGAAGGCGAAUUUGAUGAUGACGUCGACCUUGGCGACUCAUUACAGCGACGAAGCUAUUGCCAAGAAGGUGCCGGCUACGGAGAGUGUGGCGACAAAGCUGGAGGCUGCUCUGCCCCAGCACUGGCUGCCCAAGAACACGCACCCGACCGACGCGCUCAAGUUGUUCGGACUUCACGCCGACGACGCCUUCUUGACCAACCCUGCCCUCAAUUCGUGGGCCAAAUACCUGAACGACUUCAACAAGAAGAACCCCGAGGUAAAAACGACGAUGGUCGCAUCGCUCGCGGUCAACUACGGCGAGGAUGGGCUGUACCAAAUGCUCAAGGUGGCGAAGGAAGUGGGCACGACCAAGAAGAUGGCCACGGACCUGCAGACUGCACAGCUGGUUGAAGACCAAGCAGAAGACGCAAGACGUAUACCGGUGGAUGGGGGUCAAGGGAACGCGCCCAGACAGUGCGGAGAGGGUGGCGUUCAAGAAAUACAUCAACGACUUCAACAGCAAAACUAG